UUUUCUUAUUUUUUUUUUCUUUUCUUUUUUUUGAUUGGAUUUACAUAUUAUAUGUUUAUUUUUUUAUCUCAAUGCUAUCGAAAUGGUUGUUAUUCUCGUCAUUAUUCUUCUUCAAAACCCGUGUCGCCAAUGAAACUACUUGAUCAACUUCAUAGUCUUGCAGAAGCAGUCAACCAAACUCAAAGUGUCGUCGAAAAGAGAGUUAUUUUACAACAGUAUCCUUCUUGUCAAUCCAUCCUCAAACGUAUUUAUGACCCUCAUAGACGUCACUUUGUAUCUUCGAAAACAGCUUUUGCAUAUAUGGAGAAACGACAACAAGAAUUGGAAAAGUUAUCAUCAAACAAAGUCACCACAGCAGAACCAAUAGCCACUCGAAUAUACCAAGGUGAUCAACAUAUACCUUUUACAUCACUAGAAUCAUUACUAGAUGCCCUGGCUUCACGACAACUUCGCGGACAUGCUGCCUUGGAUGCUAUAUCAUGGUUCUAUUCUCGCUAUUGCACUACCACUGUUCAACAACAAACGUUUUGGCGCAUAUUGGAUCGUGACUUGAAGAUGGGUGUGUCAAUACAAACAGUACGACGUCUUUUAUCUAGCAAAAACAAUGGUGACAAAGAAAAGGAUAACAAUGACAAUAUUAUAUCGCAAGCAUCAACAGUAUAUCCUUCAGUUCCAUCUUCAGCCACACAGUCAUUUUAUGAUCGACGCUUUAUGAAUAUAUCUUUAGCAACAACGAUGCAACCUGGAGAUGAGGAAAAGCUUUGGAAUCAUGCAGCUAAAGAAGGGCCUUACUAUGUAUCUAGAAAACUGGAUGGUGUGCGAUGUAUCACUUUGGUUCAAUUUUUGGAUCAUGGAUUACCCCAUAUUACUUUUUGUUCAAGAACUGGUCGACUCUUUGACUCUUUGGAAAAGGUAGAAUCAGCCAUUCGACAACAGUUGGACAGUUUGAAGAAACAACAACAGCAUAUUGAUUUUGUAUUGGAUGGUGAAAUAUGCGUUUAUCCUACUCAACCUGAUACUUAUAUAAAUGGCGAUGAUGUCGAUGAUGUACGCAAAGAAGAUUUUUUGGAAACCAUAAGACAAGUGCGCACAGCAAAACGGCAAAUGGAACACCCGGUCUAUCAGAUCUUUGAUCUCAUUAAUAUGGAUGUAUUCCGACAAGGCAAAGGUGGACCUCUUUUUGAUCAGCGUCAGCAACAACUACGUGAUAUGUUUGGAUCUUAUACUGGUGACUAUCUCAAGGUUUUGAAACAAACUCCAGUGAUGUGCAAGGAUCAAUUAAUGGACAUGGAACAAAAAGUGGGUCGUUUUGGAUGGGAAGGUCUGAUCUUGAGGAAAAAUAUUCCGUAUGAAGGAAAAAGAAGUCGAAAUAUGUUGAAAAUUAAGGAAUGGGAAGAUGCAGAAUACAAUGUGGAAAGUAUAGAAACAGGAUUGAUGAGGAUGCCUGGUACUGGACAACAGAAACAAGUGAUGACCAAUGUGGUGAUUAAUCAUAAAGGAAAUGCUGUCAGUGUUGGAUCUGGAUUCUCAUUACAACAACGAUUGGAUUACGCAAAUAAUCCUCAACUCAUUCUUGGCAAGUUAAUUACGGUUCAAUACUUCUCUGAAUCAUUAGGUGAUAGUGGAAAUCUCUCUCUACGAUUUCCUUCUGUGAAGGCUGUUUAUGAUGGUGAUCGAGAUUAGUUUAGUUGGCGCUAUUACUUGAUUGAAUAGAUUAGAUAUCAUACCAAUAAAAAAAAUACAGUUACUUAGAGAGAGUGCGGGUAUUGAAAAUCAUGAAAA